UCUCACUCGGUAGUCGGUUUGUGGACUAGUGCGCUUUUUCUCUGAACUUGUUCGUCGCCUCGGGAGCAAACCAUGGAUCACUAUGAGGAAGAUUUGGGACUCCGGGCGAGUAAAUUAAUGGAGGACCUUUCCUUAUAUGAAGCAUACAAGGAUGGCAUGUACAGUUCAAGGAGAGACAUGGUUAUCAACCCCGAUUUGGAAUUUUCGUCUCCAACGAUACCCGAGCAGAAAAGUAAGACAAUGAAUGGCAGCUCUGCGCCUCACCAACAGAUACACAGCGUUGAGAAUUACAUGUCUGGGAAUAAAGUGUACACUGCGGCUCCCGUGCGCCCCGUGUAUGGCAACAGAGCCGUUCCUGUGGAUUAUUGCACCCCUCAAAGAGACACAGUUUAUCCUAAUGAAGACAGCUAUUGCACCAAAUCCGAAAUUGCUUUGCCGUGUUAUAGCGGCGCGUCCGAGCGGCACAGGAGGUACUCAUUGGAGGUGCAGGGGCAUAGGUACAGCACUGGUAGCGCGUACGAUGGAGUGGUUUUGAACAAGCCAGUACCCUCACCUGGCAACAGAUGCAACAGUAUCUGUGUUACCACCAACCACGACGGCAGAUACAAUGCAACCAGCCCGCGGUCCAGUUUCGCAAGCUCCCUCUCCUCCCAGGAGCAAAGCAAACAUGCAAGCCCGAGGUCGAGCAUCAGUAGCCCGCGCACGAGUCUGGUGGUACCCGGGCAAGACAAGUACACUAGUCCCAGGUCCAGUCUGGUACACUGCGAAGGGAGCAGUGCCCUCAGCCCCCGGUCUAGCUAUGCAAGUACAGCCAGCGACACAAGUAAACAUUCCAGCCCAAGGGCCAGUCUGAACAGCUAUGACUGCUGCAGUAAGCCCAGCAGUAACCGCACCAGCGGCAUCAGUAUGGGCUACGACCAAAGGCACAUCAGCCCCAGGUCCAGCACAGCGAGCCAGUAUUCUUGUACCACCAGUCCACGCUCUAGCUAUUCAGAUUCGCGUUACAUGCCUGUUGGGAACCAUGAUCUGGAGGGUGCAGUUUUGCAUGGCAUGCCGGUGGCCAGUCCCCGGUCAAGCAUCUGCAGCCAGGACGGGUGUGCAAGACCCGGGACAAUAGCUAAUUGUGUCGUUAGUCCCCGGUCCAGUAUCUCCAGUCACAGUUCCAGAAGUUCCCGGAGCUCCAGGGGAUCUAUGAGCACCUACCCUGAUCUCCAACUGCCUUCACCCAGGUCCUCAAUGCUGGGGACUGGUUUGCAGGAGGACAUACUAAUACAAGAUUGUGGCGAUACCAACGGUGUUCAUAGUCGUAUCCAUCUCCAAGCGCUCUCUGGGAUGCCAGAGGCCCUGCCACAGCAUGCACCACAACAGUCAACCCAGGCAGGGAUGAAUACAGAGGUGACCGCUGGAUCACCAUCAUCUUCUUAUGGGCUCCAUACGAAAACUCCAGCCUCAGGGCAGAGGUUUAAACUACCUUACCAGGUGACCCCAUGCCGGGAAAGUGGCCCAAGCCAAGCAGAAAGGAGUCUGGAAGCACUCACCUUGGAGCUGGAGAAGGAGUUAGAAAUGCACAUGAAAAAAGAAUACUUUGGUAUCUGUAUCAAGUGUGGGAAGGGUGUGUAUGGAGCCAGCCAAGCCUGUCAGGCCAUGGGGAAUCUGUACCAUACCAACUGCUUCACCUGUUGCUCCUGUGGGAGGAGGCUGAGAGGGAAAGCUUUCUACAACGUCCACGGCAAGGUCUACUGUGAAGAGGACUUCCUGUACUCUGGCUUUCAGCAGACGGCAGAGAAGUGCUUUGUAUGUGGUCACCUCAUCAUGGAAAUGAUCCUGCAGGCACUGGGCAAGUCCUACCACCCUGGCUGCUUCCGCUGUGUGGUCUGCACAGAGGGUCUGGACGGAGUGCCUUUCACUGUGGACGUGGAGAACAACAUCUACUGUGUUAAAGACUACCACACGGUCUUUGCCCCAAAAUGUGCCUCAUGCAACCAACCAAUCCUCCCUGCUCAGGGCUCUGAGGAGACCAUCCGGGUGGUGUCCAUGGACAAGGACUACCAUGUGGAGUGCUAUCACUGCGAGGACUGUGGCCUCCAGCUAAACGACGAGGAGGGUCACCGCUGUUACCCCCUGGAUUGCCACCUGCUCUGUCACGGCUGCCACAUCCGCAGGCUAAAGGUCCCGGUGCCCGCCCACCCGCCCCCCAGCUACCCACUACACGUCACUGAGCUGUGA